AGCCUCUGUUAGCCCCGCCUCUCCCGGGCUGCCGCAGUGAAAUUGGGCGCGUUUGCGCAGUGACGUUCCUUUUUUUUGUUGGAAGUACUCGUAGACACCCAUCAAUAUGGCAGAUGAGGUAGAUUUCACCACUGGAGAUGCUGGGGCUUCCACCACUUUCCCCAUGCAGUGUCUGCGCAAGAACGGAUUUGUGGUUCUGAAAGCGCGUCCCUGCAAGAUUGUUGAAAUGUCAACCUCCAAGACUGGCAAGCACGGUCACGCCAAGGUUCACCUUAUCAAUACCGACAUCUUCACUGGUAAGAAGUAUGAAGAUAUCUGCCCAUCUACCCACAACAUGGACGUCCCAAACAUUAAGAGAAAUGACUACCAGCUGAUCGGUAUUAGUGAUAAAUACCUGUCCCUGCUGACUGAAUCUGGUGAGGUCCGUGAAGACCUUAAGCUGCCAGAAGGAGACCUGGGAAAGGAAAUAGAAGCUAAAUAUGAAGCAGGGGAUGAGAUUAUGAUCUCAGUCUUGCAAGCAAUGAAUGAAGAAUGUGCAGUAGCCAUCAAGGCCAUGACCAAAUAAACAGGGAUUCCUGGCUCGAGCUAUCUGCUCAGGUCAAGAUAAACAGAUCUUAAAUUUGGUUCUGAUUGUCACCAAAGAUAU